AUGGCAACUUCACUUCUAGGGGAGGAGCCGAGAUUAGGAUCGACUCCUUUAGCCAUGUUAGCAGCCACAUGUAAUAAAAUAGGGAGUCCGAGCCCUUCACCGUCGGCAGUUUCGGAUAACUCCUCAUCGUUUGGGAAAGGCUUCCAUCCCUGGAAAAGAGCCUCUGCCAGCAGCUGCAGCCUCGGAUCCGGCCUGUCCGGCUUCGGGGUGUCCCGCAAUGGAUCCGGCAUCUCGGACUCCUUCGGCACCAACACCUCCACGGGCUCCAGCGCCUUCUCCCUCACGUCUGGUGCCUCCGGGUCGCACUUUGGGAACGAUUAUUCGGUGUUCCAGGCGUCGGUGUCGGGCAGCUCUCAAGAAAGCAGCCACCAGCCGGUCUUCAUCUCCAAGGUGCACACCUCCGUGGACAGCCUGCAGGGCAUAUACCCGAGGAUGAGCGUGGCGCAUCCCUACGACACCUGGUUCAAGUCGUCUCAUCCAGGUAUCCCGACAGGUGAGGUCGGAACCGCCGGAGCCUCUGCGUGGUGGGAUGUUGGACCGGGGUGGAUUGACGUCCAGAACCCUAAUGGAGCAGCACUACAGACCUCCUUGCACUCAGGUGGACUGCAGGGCUCCUUGCACUCUCCUCUGGGCGGAUAUAAUUCUGAUUACUCCACUUUAAGUCACUCUGCCUUCAGCUCGAGUCCCUCUCCUCACCUGUUGACAACCGGGCAGCACCUGAUGGACGGGUUCAAGCCGGUGUUGUCUUCUUACCCGGACACGACCCCGUCUCCGUUGGCCGGGGCCGGGGGCACCAUGCUCUCCGGGGGUCCACCUGCAUCCUUAGCCGGGUCUCCCAGGUCCUCUGCCCGGCGGUACUCAGGUAGAGCCACCUGCGACUGUCCAAACUGCCAGGAGGCGGAGAGACUGGGACCGGCUGGAGCCAGCCUCCGGAGGAAGGGUCUCCACAGCUGUCACAUCCCCGGCUGUGGGAAGGUUUACGGGAAAACGUCGCACCUGAAGGCUCACCUGAGGUGGCACACCGGGGAGAGGCCGUUUGUGUGCAACUGGCUCUUCUGUGGGAAGAGGUUCACGCGCUCCGACGAGCUGCAACGACAUUUACGCACACACACCGGGGAGAAGAGGUUCGCCUGUCCGGUGUGCAACAAGAGGUUUAUGAGGAGCGACCACCUGAGCAAACAUGUAAAAACUCACAGUGCAGGAGGAUCCGCCGGCUCUGGCUCCGGUGGCAGUGGAGGGAAGAGGGGGAGUGAUACCGACAGCGAGCACAGUGCACCGGGGAGCCCUCCGUGCCAUUCCCCAGACCUGCUGCACCCACCUGAGUCCACCCAGGGAGUCAUGAACGGCCUCUAA